CAUCCGGGUCUCAGCUCUCACCCAGAAGCUCGUCAGUAGACGUGCGGUACGUGUGAGAGGGGCUCACGUAGCUCACGCAGCUCACGCGUCCAGCAGCUCAGCGCGUCAGACCCGGAGUUUUAUGAGCCUUAAACUCUUUAAAGGUUUAAACUUCUGCCCGCCGUACACGGUUGGAAGCGCUGCACUAGUUAAGGUGGACCGGCAAAAUUGAAGCGAGAAUCUGGCAGAUGGACCGACACCUGACCUCAGCCUCGGACUCUGGCUUGUGCACUGAGUGCAAUAAGGCCCCCAGAAAGUCCAGUGAGAGUCGGCGCCUUAGUAUCCAGCGCUGCAUCCUGUCUCUGCUGCAUGCCUGCCAGUGUCGCAACGCCAACUGUCCCCUGCCGUCCUGUCAGAAGAUGAAGCGGGUGGCGCAGCACCUCAAGCAUUGCAAGCGCAAUACCAGCGGCGGCUGUCCCGUCUGCAGGCAGUUCAUUGCUCUCUGUUACUACCAUGCGAAGCACUGCCAGGAGAACAUCUGUCUUGUGCCGUUCUGCCUCACUAUCAAGCACAAACUCCGCCUUCGGCGGCAGGAGCAAAGAAUUCAGCAAGUGCAAAUGAUCCGGCGACGGAUCAUGGCUCUGCGGGCCAUCGGCCCCAGACGCUCCUCGAAGCCCUCCAGGGCCUGCGGCCUGCACUGAAGUCGUCCAUUUCUCCCGAGCAGUGCUGACUCUACUGGACGCUUUGCAUCUCUCUGCCUCGUCCCCAGACUGUCCAGCGUUUCGCUCUCUGCAGGGACCGUAAACUCCCCCCGUCAGUGUGUUCUCAAAGCAGAGGCAAGGCGGCCGUUUCAGCUGACAUAUCAACACAGCUUCUCCUUAUGGAAAAAAAGGCGAGCAUCCAAUCCAAACCGCCCUCGUUUGAAUAUGCCUCAGCGACUCAGGAGUGAAAUGCAUAAAGGUGCUCAUUGGUGAUUGACGGCAAAGAAGAUGCUCCACUGUUUUCAGUGGAGCGGUGACAGAAAAUCCUGCCCUGCUGUGGUCGUUGGAACGUCCACAUCCACACUGGUGGUGGGAAAAACUGCAUCCUGAUUUUUUUCGGAAAUGUGUACAAUUUCCAACAAAAACUGUUAGAAACAUUUGUGUUUUCAACCCCCUUUCAGAAUAAACCAGUGGCUUACACUCUC